CAACUCUGCAGCAGCCUGUCAAGCCGUCGCGCGAACGUGCCACGCACGUGCCAUGUGGUCGCGGUUGUUGACUUUUCGUAGUUCGGCAGCUGGCAAAUCAAGCGGAAUUGAAAGCGCACUGCAAUAAUGGCGUCACUAAUCAACACCGUGGACACUGCUCAUCAUGACAUGGUGCACGACGCCCAGACCGACUUCUACGGUACCCGGCUGGCGACUUGCUCGUCGGACAAGUCGGUCAAGGUGUUCGACAUCAAGAACGGCACGCAGAAGUUGCUCGCCCUGCUGACGGGACACGAGGGUCCCGUGUGGCAAGUGGCAUGGGCACACCCCUUGUUUGGCAGCCUGCUUGCAUCGUGCUCGUACGACCGCACCGUCUGCCUCUGGGCCGACCAGGGCACACAUGGCCGCCCAGACUGGCACCGUGUGCACCAUUACCGGGACCACGACUCAUCCGUGAAUUCCAUCUGCUGGGCUCCUCACGAGUUCGGCCUGAUGCUUGCCUGUGCCAGCUCGGAUGGGGCUGUCUCGGUUCUCUCUAGCACUGGCGAUGGCGUCUGGGUGGCCAAGAAGAUUGCCAAUGCCCACACGAUUGGCUGCAAUGCAGUGAGCUGGGCCCCAGCCCAGGGUUCAGGCCAGGGCGGCGAGCCAGGUGUAUGGGUUGGGCUUCGCCAGUUUGCCACGGGUGGCUGUGACAACCUUGUCAAGAUCUGGCAGCUCCAGGACGGUGCGGAGGACUGGCAGGAAGCCCACCAGCUAGAGGCCCACUCGGACUGGGUCCGGGACGUGGCCUGGAGCCCCGCUGCGGGGCAGCCCAGCCGCAUUGCCAGCUGUUCCCAGGACUGCCGCGUCAUCAUCUGGACCUGCAACCUCAGCAGUGGCAGCUGGCAGCCUCUGUUGCUGGGCACCUUCGACGACGUUGUCUGGCUCAUCAGCUGGUCCCUUACGGGCUCCGUGCUGGCUGUGUCGGGAGGUGACAACAACGUGACCUUGUGGAAAGAGUCUCGAGAUGGGAGCUGGGCUUGCAUCAGUGACACGGGCCACGAGGACGACCGCACCAGCGAGUACUCAGACAAGAACAACGGCUGAUAACCUGGCUGUGGCACACGCUUGGCCACAAAUGUGGGCAGCCGGUCAGUGCAGCAGAUGUCCGGCCCCCGACGGUGCACAGCGUACAAACCUGCUAUGUUCAAAUAUACUCUCUGGCGAGUUGGUUAUGCAUGCAGACGAUGGGGAAGACAAGACCAAGGCACUAUUUGUCGGCCCGGUCUUUUUUGCUCUAAUAGCACUGCUGCUAUGUUUGUACACUUCCGUUUUGGAUACUGAGAGCACACAAACAACCAUGGCAUGGUGUUGCUUUGUGUAAUGACGAAAUGCUGUCUGUGAGCAGAGAUGAUUUUUUGAAUUGAGCAGGAGAAAGCCAGGUCAUUGAAGUGUAAAGUGCUAGGUCAUUGCACAAUGGUGAAAUGGCAAAUCGCAGCAGAAUCGCAUUGUGAACACUGCACCCAGCGGUUCCCACCUCCAAAUUUGUGUGGAGGUUGCUGUGCCUGGAACCUGGAAUGCAGCACUGGCAGAGCAGGAAUGCUUUGUCAAUGUUUUACCAUUCCACUGACACCAGCUGAGGUGACGUUAUCUAUGUCACUGCGUACUUGAACACAUUGCUCACAGAUUGUCUUGGCAUCCUCAGUGGUGUCCACCCUUCUACUCGAGCUUAGUUGCGGGGAAUAUUUUGAGAAUGUAUAUCUGUCUUUGUGGUACUGUCAAACCUCAGUAUAACAAGCCUCACUUUAAUGAAAUUCCUGAUGUGAAUUAUUGUCAUUUCCCAAUCUUAGUGCCAUUAAAAAAAUUUUUUUUUUUACUUUAGCGAAGUAGUAGUUCGUGUAGUUGUCUCUUUGCUAACGCUAUCAAUGCUCAGCCUUCCUCGUGAAACUCUGACCUCAUUUUUUUUCUUGCUUCUUCUUUUGCUCAGGGCAAAUAUGCAUAUCUUUUUACGCUUUUGUUUUUAAUUUGUGGGGGCCAUCUGAUGACGCCUGCGGGCACUAGGCGCGACCAGCCAUGACGUCCUAGAUUUUCAGUGCCACACGACGCAACGCAUGCAAAUCUCGGACGCUGUGAGCCACGUCGAUGCAUUGCUCGCGGUGCUAUCUGCACCACACACGCUGGUGCUCAUAACCGCGCUAUUAUGGCUCAACCAUCUUGCAAUUUGUUUAUACCGUAAGUGCUUACUGGCAAGAUACUGUCCACCAGGAAUGCCCUGGGAAUUUUUGAAGUUGUUUUUACUGCUGAAACUUCAAAACCUUGAAAUAACGAAAUUCACGAUUUAAUGAAGUUUUUUGCUGCAAGUACAGCUUCUCUAUAUCGAGGUUUGACUCUAUUUGUAAUGCAGAACGUUGCUUUGUGCUUUUCGCUUUGCCUAGUCAUUGUGUUGCGAAACUGGCUUGUCCGUUCCACAGGAUAAGAGCUGUUUGUGUAAGACACAUCAAGCUGAAGUUAAGCCUCCAGACGCACAAUUUUUUGCACAGGUGCACAGUUCUGUAAUUUGAUUAGAUAUCGGGCUUGUAUGGUGUGGGAGGAACUAACCUGCGGGUUCUGGUUUGAUAUAUUGUUGGAAGGCGCUGGCUGAACGGGAAAGUAGGGGACAUGGCAACAUCUGCGUGCCACUUCCUCCUCUCUAGUGCUUCACUGUGCACAUAUCUACGUGCUGUAAACACGUCACAGCAUGCAGUGUCUAGUUCUAAGCUGGCGAGGCUUUUGUGCCUGUCACUUUGAAUGUUGAGCCGUCGCCGCGGCUACGGCAUUGUUAGUUACUGGACCAAACAGCAUUGAUUCAUGUGGUAGAGAACGCAUCGACACUAAAGCAGCUUCUUUUGUGGAAUAUGUCUAGUGCUAGCAGUCGCUUCCAAAUACCAUGCCUUGUGUAUUAACUAAUAACCUUCGAAUAGCCCACCAAUGCUAGGCUGCCAUUUUAUUUGUUUACAUCAAUCUAGCUAUUUGUGAGGUCAUGAUACAGUAAUACCAUUUUUGUUAUGCUCUGUGCUGUGGGUGCAAUGACCUCAGGUGGUCAGAAUGAAUGCAGGGCACUCCUCUGUGGCAUCUCUCGUAGCCCGUCAUUGUUAACGACCCCUCUGGUUUCUUAAGCACGGUCAAUCAAUCAGAGAUAUACAGUCAAUGACCGACACCGAUAAUUCGGACAUGCUUGAUUAUUCGGACAGCCCCACAGCACUGCCACAUCCUGUCUUAUCGUGGACAGGACAAUGAGAUAUGACUUAUUGGAUUUCAUGAAUGAUGUAGAAGCCAUUGAUACUCCGCUUGGCAAAACUGAAAGAGGUAUUUCUUCCUAAUAUUUCCAGAAACUGAAGUUAGGGAAACUUUCGUAAAAUUACAAACAAGUUAGAUAAACCGACAGGGGUCUCAUAUUUGAAAUAACUGCAGUCAAACCUCAAUAUAUGAAGUUGUACUUGAAAAGAAAACUGUUAUAUUGCGUAUUUCGUUAUAUUGAGGUUUCGUUAAUUCAAUGGAACUAACAUAGAGAAAUAAAAAUAGCGCAUUACAUCGCAAAUUUCGUUAAAUCGAGGUUUGACUGUACAUAGUUACAUAUAUAUUUACAAGAUGUCAGUGCCAUAACUCAAAGAAUAAAGCUUUUUUUUCAAGAUCCAACUUCAUUCUUUAAGGAGCCCUGAACCACUCUUUAUCGAAGUCGAGAAAUGCAUUUGAAGUUAAAAUAAACAAUUUCAGAAAUACUGAACCGCAAAAAGUACUGCAAUACAUUAAGCAGAAGCAGAGUUAUUGGCACUGAAACAUACAGUUUGCGUUGCGCCCGUUCCUUCUUCGAUGCCUUGCAUGUCGAAGGCUACGGCUAAGCGGGGGGUGCCCACAAUGCUCCACCUCCUGAACGUCAUCAUGGCACGCCGUUCAAGUUUGAUUUUGGAUGUUCACAUAGAUGCGACUAUUUCUGAUUUUGGCGUCUGCGAUGCACCAAGCACAGUUGUCCUCAGCGAGCUCAGUGGGCUCGGCCAGCGGACUCAUUGCGGCACCUCGCCGGCGGCUGCGGUAUCUUUGCUGCAUAGCGGAGCACAGCUACAUGCAACUGCAGUGCACGUGUGCAGCGUUUGCUGUGUGCACGACAGGGCCGCACUCGAGCGUGAGCAGACGACAGACGGCUUCUUCCGGAAGUACGUAAUUAUUAUCGAAAUUCGAAAGCACAUUUUCGCUUACUUCAGCCUUGUUUAUUAAACUGCGUGAAUAAGUACAAACAGUAGCAGUAGGAAGAAGCACACUGAUCCAAGCACCCUUCUUGACUGAUGUCAGCUAUUGGCCAACAGCAGCCGCUUAUGGGAACCUGCUAUAUUACCAAAUAAAGUGUCCAGAAAAGAGUGAGGAGCAGGCUUCUGUAGGAAAGAGAGCGUUUGAGAAAAAGGUGACUUCAUGCUCUGCUUGCGAACUCGAUGUGCUGCGCACGACUACAAAAUUUGACCGAGAUGUUCACAGCAGCAUAUGCUAUCCACGGGCUGUAAUUUUUUUGCCAAGCCCGAGCGGUGGUUCAGGACCCCUUUAAGAUAUCAAAAGGAGCAUUCUACAUUUGAGCGAUUGGCUCAUCUGGGGUCGUCAUCUUGUGCCCAAUGAGUGGCCAGGCAUAAUGUGGUUGCAUGUGCAGCUCAUCUAAGCCAGUGCGUGAUUUCGCAGCCAAUGGUUCUUUUAUACUAUACGUAUUCCCAUUAUGUAUGCUAUCCUCCAGUGUUUAGACAGGUAACUGGAGCUGUAGCACCUAGUCUUGGCCCUCAACAAGGGUCUGCAUCUGUGCCUAUGCUGCCAGGAUGGCAAGACAACUUCACUUGUGAGAAUGCUGUUGCUUCACUCACUCGAGUCGCAGUGCUCGGCCAACCAUAUUGGGUGGGGAGAUGGGUGGAGAGCAGUGUAACUUUCUUGUUGAGACUUGUUCAAUUUCAUCAUUUUUCAGGCACGUAAGUGGGCAGUCUAUGGUGUGCACUAGCCGUGACUGUAACAGUGUAACUCUCCAAAUGUGGUAAAUGCCGAAUGAGUGCGCAUUGAAGAAAGUGCCGGAUGUGGUGUGUUUUAGUCGAAUAUGUCUUGUCAUUUUUUUCUCUUUGAGUUUGGAGGAAAGGGUAGUACAUUUUCUUACAAAGUACUUUGCUUACUAGACCUUUGGAUACUUAGGUAUUUUACUUCAUUUUGUCAUCUUACACCUUCUGUGGACCCGUUGAGGAGAGACACUUUUGGUGCACUUGUAUAUGGGUAUUUUGGUAUUUUUUGUAGAAGUUUAAGUUACGAAUAGAUUUUAUUGUGGGUUGUUUUAGGUGCUUGUGCUGGAAACGUGGCUGCCUCCGCACAGCACUUAGAGAAAGGGCAUUGGGUGAGGCCUAUCUGUGACCUAACUGGGCCACAGAAGAGAGCAGUUUUCUCUCGUAAACUAGAUUGCUCCACGGACAAGACUCGCAUGUCUUUGCCAUCAUACCUGACUCGCAGCUUUCGUGUCUCGUCAUUUCUCUGCUGCCGAGCCACUUCGUCCAGCAUCGUCUUCCACUACGUCCGGCCAUCUUGUAACUAUUGGCCCCACUCAAAUAUUGUGCCGCAGCUUAAGGGUGCCAUCACCAUGCUAAGCUUGAAUAUAGCAUGAAAUUCAGUUGUUUUUAGGCAAUUUUUGGUGAGAAACUUAACUACAACGUGUUGUCCCACAACUGUGUUCACAGGCUUCUCUGCCAUCUCGUUUAACAUGUCACUUCCCGUACAAAGCGACAUUAGCGCACAACGGCACGAUAGCCAGCAAAUCUCUUGUCAAAACAUGGCAAACAGAUGGUGCUAGUAGGUUAUGUGCAUACUACAAAAACAAAUCCGGGUUUGACUCCAGUGACCCUCGUACAAUGCCAAAAAAGCCACGCUUACCCUGAGAGAAGGCAUGGUAAGCCAAAUGAGACUCUAAAACAAAACGUGGGUGGCAUCGACGCCUCACGAUCCCACACGAGCACACUGUCAUGUCCUUAAUUUUUAGUGUUCGCUCAGGCCGUGAUAAUGCUUUUAUCAGUAAAGACAAGAGAUGAUAUUCUAAAGGAGCUAAAGACCAAACUUGGCAAGUUUCAAGAACUUUUGCCGUGCCACAACGGCCCACAUGAGAGAAAAUACUUUGAAACUUGUGAUGUGGCACUCACAUGCCAGCACUGAUGUUUGAGCGCGAACUUUUGUAAAAUGGAAGUUUGUCCUUCAUUUUCUAUUCUAAAUAGUUAUUUACCUCUUAACGCAAAGUUAAUGUAGAUAGAGUUUUGAAAGAAUACUCUGUCAGUCUAAACUGAUUUAGUGUCUCUGUUUAGUGGGGUCUCCUUAGCCUCUCACAAUGCCUGGGAUAUGUCCAGAGUUUAUAGGAGAUUCACAGCUGGUUCUAUUAAAAACUUCCUCGCAGCAUGCAGCGCUACGCAGUGCCAUUGGGCAUGGCUGUAGGAGCCAUGGAAUGCCGUGCAGUGAAACGUGUUAAUUUCUGUAACAGCUACCAACUUUACUGUUGUGUAUAGUAUCUGCGCAGACACACACAAACAUUUGUUCUCGGUUUUCUGGGCUGUUGUGUUACUCUCAUGGUGACCAAGAUGUGCAGGUUGAUUAAUGGGCAAACGAGGGCACCCUCGGUCGGGAACCAACAUCCCCAACAAGGACAUUUAUUGUGUUAAAACGUUGGCUUCAAGCUGAAGGUUCUCUUCUUGAAACUUUCACGUUGCUGUGACCACUUUGCUUUGGUUGUAGUGCAUCAUUCAUGCAUUGUGAUGUUUCAGUCUGUUGCUUUACAUUUAGGUGAAAUGUGCCUCUGACAAAUUCUAUACACGAACGAUCAUUUAGGCGAUUAUCUUGUGAUCUGAGGCUUGCAUCACGUGUGCACUGACUUACACGUCGUGAGCAAUGCUUAGUCACAUUCUGCCACGCGCUUCACUGUCACAGCAUCAAACUUUUCCACUGCCUCAGCUAGUGCAGUACAAAAAACUUGACACUGUAAUUGAGACAGCAUUGUUAUAUAGUGACUUUUUUUUGUGCUGCAACCUAGAAUUGUCAGUACCUGAACACAGCUCUCCAUAGCUAUUGUCACAUAGUAGUAACGGUGAAGAAAACAGUCGCAAAACUGUGAAUGACAAAACGGGCUUUUUAUUGGGGGAACCUGUGCCCACAAGAGCAAGUUACACUCAAAGCACAACGAUAGCGGCGAACACAGUCGGCGAUCGUCGAAAUCCCAUCAGCGGCGAAACGCGUCGGCUUUUAAACAUAAGUCAUCAAAGGUUCCAGAUUAAUCCCUGGUGCCCGCAUGUCUUCCAUAAAAUACUUGACAAUUCGCGGCGCUCAUACAAUCAGAUUACAUAAGCGUCGGUGAAAACAGACAACGCAUUGAUAACAUUCGAGAAACUUCCGAUACAUGCAGGUGCGUCCUGCAUCGAACAUUUAACAUUUGUUAGCUGGUGAAAAGCGGUCACCGGUGAAAGAUAAACAAGUACACGUGUCACUAUGAAGAAAGAUACCAGAGAUAGAGCGUCCGAAUGUGCAUUGACCCACAAGCUUUAAGACUCGUCUUAACUGUCGCAACUAUUUGUUUGAUGUCACGUUUGGUUUCACCACAUGUGACGUCUUAGCGAAAUUUGUGGUAAGUGGUGUAACGAAACAGCUCUUGACCCACUGCGGUGUCUAUUGCAUGAUGCCACUGAGAACGCAGCCGUGGGGUCGAUUCUGCAACCUGAUUGGGUCAGAAGGCUCAUGUACCGUGCUUUAGGUGCACAGUAAAGAAGCCCAGAUGGCCAAAUAAUCUGUAGCUACUACUACAGCGCCACAGUUUUCGCAUGUUCGAUAUGUCAAAACUAAAAGUUCUGACAUUUCAUUGUCUUACUUGCUCUCACAUGGUGCUUUUGUGGCAACACAUUCCUACUUAUAUAAGAGCACUAAAUACACCAGUGCAAUCUUGUAAUGAACCUUGAAACACAAACAUUUUAACUGAAGUUUGUGGGGUAGAGUCUCAACAUUUCGAGGCUAAUUUGGCCUCGUCUUCAGAGAGGACUGUUUAAGCAGGUGCUGCAACAGGUGGCACUAAGCAGUUAUGACGAGGGUUUCAAACCGAAAACAGUACCCGAACCACAAUUUCAGGCAGAACUGAACCAGAACCGAUAUUUUUAGAACGUGCCUAAACCCGAACUGAAAAAAUAAUGGUUACCGGUUCGGCAUGAAGUGGUUCAAGCAUAGAAGGCGACAACCAGUGCUCAAUACUUUGCAUGAUUGUUCAAAUGGAUGGAUACUAUGAGCAUCCCCUUUGGUUUACGCCACCAAGCUCUUGUUCUUUUGCCUAAUGUCCUACCUAUGUCUUUUUUUUAAAUAACUGCUUCGAUCAGCACACUCUACUAGCAGAUUGUUACAAUUCGCGAGUUGCGUUGUCUGCGAGAGUGGGGAUAGACGAUGGGUAUGGGCUGGUAACCUUGGCCACCUCGGCACACUUGUACUUCUCAAGUCGGCCAUGCCAGUUGUGUUCUGCGGCCAAAAAGUUGUUUCACGGGCUCCCCAGAAUCAACGUUUCUGGUGACUCUCUCAAUUGGGUCGUUAGGUCAACUUGUUACUAAAACUAAACAAACUACAUAAACACAGAUAGCGGAAACGACGAUGUCCUCAAGGAGGGAUAUCUAUGAGUCCAGCUGCAUGAUUUAAUGUAACCAUAACACUGCAGUAGGUAAUGAAUGCCAUCACCUUCUCAGUGAGCGGUAAGCACAGUUGUAAACACCACACAAAAUCUGCCGUUGUUACUUGCCAUGGUUGAACGCACAUUUCAUGUUUAGCCUAGCAGAGUACAACGCUCUUUGAGUUGUAGAAAUUAUUGAUGAGGCACAAUGUGCGUGCUUUUAACUUCUUUGUCCGCCCUUAGCCAGCGCAAGACAGAAAACAAAUGGGGGUCAGUGCAAUUGGGGCAACAGUAGCAGGCUACAUCAUUGCAAGGGUGUGUUCAUCAGCAAAAAAAGAAAUAAAAAAAAGAAGAAAAACAGCUUUGAAUACAAAACUAGGUGGUAGUAUGAUGAACACGAAAUGUGGAAAAGUCUUCAGUGACCUCAGGUAUGCAUUUUUGUUCUGUAGUCCCGGAGAAUAUUCUGCAUACAAUAUUGCGGCAGAUCCCCUACACUUUCUUUAGUUUUUUAGAGUAUACGAAGUGAUCGUUUUUAAGCUUUCCAAAAUUUUUAGAAAUUACCUGUGCCAUAGCGUAAUUUUGUUCCUGAGCUGGAUUAUUCAAGAGGGAGACAUUACUAGCACUAGCAAUCAAAACACAUAUUCAACUAAUGAGCAAAAAUUCAAUAAGGAACGUCCUAAUUACUUUACGGCACAUAUUGCAAUUUACUGAUUGAAGCUAAUGAGUUUGCAAGACGUCUCCACUUGAAAUGAAUCUCCAGGGUGACACCAGUUUUGAGAUCUUUCGCAAAGUGUGGGACAAAAUACAUGGGCUUUCUAGUUACUUUUGUGCUUCAGUGCAUAAAAGAGCGAUUUGUUAAAAAAUUUAAGUGAAGCAACAGUGCAUUUUUAUGGCGAGUUUGAUGGUGCAUAUCUCGAAAUUGGCAACAUUAUGGAAAUUCAUUCUAAUUGGAUAUGCCUGGGAAAGUCGGCGGCUGCAAUUUGUGUGUGGAAAUAUGUGCAGUAUAGUAACUAAGAAGUUAAUUAGUGUAUUUUUUCUUAUGCAGUGGAAUAUGUGUUUCUCUUUCUCGUGCAAGUAAUGUCUGCCUCUGAAUAAUCCAGCUCAAGGACUAGAAUUAUGUUACUCGCAAUAGGCAAUUUUUUUUAAUUCUGGAAAAGUUAAAGGUGAUCAGCCCAUAUAUAAAUCGGACAAACUAAGAAAAAGGAAAGACUUUCUUUGAGGUGUAACCGAUGUCACGUAUCUUUUUGCUCAAGUGGGUUUUGUUAAAAUUUGUUUUAUUAAAAGUUUUAUUUAUACAGUUACAGCUCAACAUAACUAUUCUUGGUCGUAGGUUGCUCAUGUAUUAAAUGAAUGGCGUAUUUGUGCAACUGUUAUGGCCAAGCAUACUUGGUCUGCGGCUGCUUCCAUUUGUAUUUUUUUAUUGAAAGAAUAAACUAAUUUUAUUGCUGGAAA